AUGGUGUUAUUAACAAUGAUUGCAAGGAUAGCAGAUGGUUUACCACUAGCAGCUACUAUGCAAGAAGAUGAACAGGUUAGAUCUGUUAUGAUGAAACGUCAAUAUAUGGUUGAGUUUGAAGAUUUUUUAAAAUAAUUUUUGUCUUUUUAUAUAAGUUUUGUUGUAUAAUUAAGUAGUUUUUAAUUAAUUUGUAUAUAAUUAUUUUCAAUAAUAUGUUGAAAUGUAUUAAUAUUACUUAUCGAAGUAUAAGAUUUUUGUUCAUUGAUUGAUUACAAUGUUUCACUAAUUAUUUAUAGAGUGGAAGAAGUAUUUUAGAAUAUCAGAAUCAAGCAAAAAUGUUAUUUAGAAGAUUGGGGCCUCAAUCUCCAGCUAGAUGUACUAUAGAAACAGGUCCAUAUUUAUUCCAUUAUUUAAUUGAAAAUGAAGUAUGUUAUUUGGUACUAUGUGAAAGGAACUAUAGUAAACGGGCUGCAUAUAGUUAUCUUGAAGAUAUAGCACAAGAAUUUCAUUCUUUAUAUGGUAAACGUGUCAAUACAGUUACUAGGCCCUAUAGUUUUAUCGAAUUCAAUACAUACAUUCAAAAAGCAAAAAAGGUUUUUUUGGAUGGUAGAUCAAGAAGAAAUAUGAAUGCACUUAACAGUCAACUGCAAGAUGUGCAAAGAAUCAUGGUUCAAAAUAUAGACGAUGUUCUACAAAGGGGUACAGUUCUUUCAGGUAAUAAUAUAUAUUUUAAAAAAAUAAAAUUUUUUAUUUAAUUAUUAUUUAUUUUACAGAGCUUGAUACUAAGACACAAAAUUUGACUAUGUUGUCACAAAAAUAUAAAAAAGAUGCAACUCAUUUAAAUAGCAAGUCCAUGUAUGUAAAGGCUGUGGCUGGACUUGUUGCAUUUUUAGUCUUCCUAUUAUAUUUUUUUAUUCUUUAGUUUUUUGAUAUAAUUGAUUAAAUAAUUAUGAUUAUGUAAAGACUAUUAAUGUUUUUCAUUACAUUAUUUUUCUAAAAUUGGCAAGUAUCUUUUUUAUGAAUUUAGUUUUUCACGUAUUUAAAUUUCAAGUUUAUUUGAAAUUGGAAACAAUGUAUAUAUAUUGCACUCAGAGAAAAAAUUAGUCGCAAGGAAUAUAAUAUUGAUAUUGUUUCACAUAUUGCAAUAAAUAAAUAUAAUAAUUCUUUACAUAAUUAAAACAAUGUAUGACCAUCUUUGCUUUAGCUUAGUAAAGCAGUUCUCUAAAAAGACAAUAUGUACAGCUAUGAUUAUUGUUAUAUUAAAAAUUAUGCGAAUCUUAUUAUUUUUAUUUAUAAUCUGAAAAUUUAAAAUUAUUAAAAUAAAAUUAAAAUUAUAUUCAUAUUUAAAAUAUUUAUAUUUUAUCACAUAUGUAUUAUUUUACAUAAUUUACAGUUAAAGCAAACAUGUAUUUAUUCUUGUGAUUGUAUUAUUCUCUGAAGCAUAAAUGUUUAUGUAUUUACUUUUUCGGGUGGGGAAUCAAUGAAGGUAUAGUUGUAAUUUCAUUACUGUUCUAUUUAUACGCGAUUCAAUUGUAUUAUUCUAUUGAAAUAUUGUAUUUAAAUUAAAUAAAAAAGAUUGAAUUUGUAUAUUCAUUUAAAUUGACGAAUUACCUUGAUUUGUUAACAUGUAUAUGUAUAUAUAUAAAAUAUUUUGUAUUAUAUUAUUGUUCCAUUUUAAUUAGUUCAUUAUUGGGUGUAUUACAAUUUGAUAACCAUUCACUUUUUGACUUAUUACUUGAUUUUUCUUCAUCAGAGUCUGAGAAUUCAGAAUUAAAAAAAUAAUUCACAGUUGAAUUUGUUUCUUUCUUCGUCUGUUUGUAUUUUUUUUUCUUCUUUGAUGUAUUGUUAUAUUUUGAAUUAUUUACAUCUUCAUCAUCUAAAGUAUUAUAUUAUGUAAUAUAUUAUGACACUGAUUAAUUGUGUGAUCUUAAAAAUAAAAAUUAUACAUAAAAAAAACAUACCAGUAUCUAUAAUUUCAUACAUGCAUGUGUGAUCAUUUAAUAUUACAUAUAUUGUUGGAAAUUCAAUUAUAGUUUUAUUUUCUAAAUUCUCCUUUAAUGAAAGCGUAAUAUCCAAUUCAUAAAACCUAUAUAUUUUAUAACAUACAAUUUAAUUAGUUAUAUUUAACAUGUUGGAAAUCGAUGAAUUUUAUAAAGAUCCCAAUAGUUGAAUGGUAACAUUAGUGCCAAUUAAACUCAUAUUUAAAUAAACUAUAUUUUAUAAUGUAUCUGUGUGUCAUUGGCUCGAAAUCAUUUUUUCAAUUGACACACUAUAUGCUUCGUUAUUUUUAUAUCUUAACACACGCAGUAUAGUAAUUUUUAAUAUUUUUAUGUGACAUUAAAAGCAAAUAUAAUACAUGUUUAAAGGAUCUUAUUCUACUGCUGAGUAGCUCAUUAGCUUCACUAACAAUGAUUUUUUUCAAAAAAUUUAGUAAAUGUCAAUAAUAGAGGCAUUACAUUUUUAGCUGUUAAGUAGAGAUAUUAAAUGACACAAUGGUUGUGUAAUCAGUCUUAAAUGUAUUAAGUUUCAAAACAAAGGAUUAAAUGUACUUACUUUAAAUCUGACUUUAUAACUUUCUCUGCUUUUAAAAGAACUUUUAUUCUAGAUAAACCUGCUGCCUGAUAAAAUUGUAGUUUUUCAUUUAGACACAUUUUUAGAUUUAAUUCCUCCAUAUCAUUUUUCUUUUUUAUAGAUUUAGUAGGAUAUAAAAUUUCUUCUAUAAGCAAUGAUAAUCUUGUACAUUCUAGAACUCUAUAGUUAACAUAAUUUUUAAUAAAAUUAAUAAUAUAUUAAAAAAUUACAAAAUACAUUACAAUAACAAAUUAAUAUAUAUAUAUUGCAAUGUACAUAUAUGUCAACAUAAAAAAGAAUUCUACCUUUUUGUGACCCAUUUUGUGUAGUUUGCUUGAGGAAAAAUCCAUUCUAUUCUCCAAUAUAAUUCAUUAGUUUUCCAAUUUAAAUAUGUUGUAUUAUUUUUAUGUCUACUAAAAUGUUGUGGCAUAAAUUGUAAAGUAAUGUUCCUCUUAAAUGCAGCUAUUUUAAGUUUAUGCAGAUGCUGUAAAAACAAUACUUAUAGUAUUUAGUAAUAUAAGCACAUAAGUAUAUGUCAUGUUUUGGAAGAUAUAAAUUAAAUAAUUUCACAAACCAUUGGUAAACUGACUUGACAUGUAUAUUUCUUCAAUGGAUCUCUUUUUAAUUGAUCAACUGUUUUAGAAAUUUCUUCAAGAAGCCUAUAAUCUGUCAUAUAUUUUUUUUAAAUAAUAAAAAUGUAAUGAUUAAAAAUAAUGAAAUAAAAAAAUUCUUUUUAAAUUUUAGCACAAGUUUAUAUAAUGAACAUAACUUACCACUUAAAAUAUCCAAAUCUGUAAACGAUUUUAAUGGUAUAAAUUUUGUUUUAUCUCGAAUACCGUCACAUUCCAAUUCUUUUUUGUGAAUAUUUACACAUUCAAGACAACAAGUUUUAACCUCACAUUUUGGACACGUGUAUUUUGAUUCGUUUUUACCACAUACCUCACAAUCUUCGAUCCUGCGAAUAAUAUCAGUUUUAAUACAUAUGUACAAAAGUUAAAAAAUUUUAAUUAAAACAUCAUUCAAAUGCGAUAAUUGUCUUAAUUAUUUAAAAAUAUUAUACUUGUCACUGGACGUAGCCAUGUUCGUUUGUGUACAUCAAGAUAAAGUAUAACUAUAAAUUAUACAAGUAUAACAUAUUUAAAAAAAAAGAUAUAUAAUGUGCAAGGAUUAUUAAUGCAACAAUUACGAUUAUUAUAAGAUUUAUUUAUUUAUAUUUUUUUACACAUAUUAAUAGAUACAAUACAUAAGCUAAUUUCUUGUAGAAAGUUAAAAUUGUAAAUAUAUGUACAUCAAAAUAUAGAUAAUUUAGCUCUACUUUUUCGUUGAUCUUGUUCAGCAGCAAUACUUUUUUCAGAUGCUUUUAAACUAAUUAGUUCUUUCUGUUUCUCAUUACAUUUCAUUAUGAUGUUAUUAUAAUGAACACUUCCUUUUGCAUGUCUUGACAAUGAUUCUUUUAACUUCGCCGAUUCUCGUUCUAGUCUUAAAAUAUUUUCUCCAAUUUGAAAACUUGCUACGUUUAAUUGUCGAUUUGAUUCUGCUUUAAGAUUAUUUUUACCUUUUGAAAUAUUUCGUGUUUCUAUUUUAGCUACAAAGAAUUAUUUAGAAGUAUUGUGAAAUACAGAAUGUACUGAAACAAUAUAUACGAAUUAUAAGAAAAUUUCCUUAGACAUACAUUUAUCACCUAAAGUUGCAUUUAUAAAAUUAAACACGUUAUUUUCUUCUCGUUCUUUUUCUCUUUGAUACUGUUUUUCUCUUUGCUGUUCCAAUUUUUGUUGUUGCUUCCGCAUUCUACGUUCCACAGAAAAUAAAUUUUCAUCUCCUCCAGCAUUUUCUCGUAAUUCCAUACAAUGAUCUAGAAAUCAAAUAUUUUUAAUAGUAAGUGUUUAUACAAUAGUAAGUGUUUAUACAAAACAAUAGUAUAAAAAAAAAAUAUAUAUAUAUAUAUACCUAAAGAUUUACCAGCUGGCAACACUGUUGCUUCAACUGGUUCUAUUCUGCCAUCUGAAUGUUUUCCAAGACCAGUGCCUACUACAUAUCCCAUUUGA